AUGACCACUUUACUAUUAGUGUUUGUGUGUUUGCAAGUCAUCACGGCAGCCGACUCUGUGGAGCUCUCAGACAGCAGUGAUGGCCUGGAGGUCAAGAUACCUGAGCAGUCUCCCCUGCGUGUUAUCCUGGGAAGCUCCCUGAACAUCCCGUGCUACUUCAACAUCCCAGAGGAGCAGGACAGCAGCGUCGUGCUGACCCCACGGAUCAAAUGGAGCAAGCUCUCCAACGGCACCGAGGUCGUCCUGCUGGUGGCCACGGGUGGCAAGAUCCGGCUCAACAGCCAGUACAGGGAGGUGAUCUCCCUGCCCAACUACCCCGCCAUCCCCACGGACGCCACGCUGGAGAUCAGGGCGCUGAGAUCCAACCACACCGGCAUUUACCGCUGCGAAGUGAUGUACGGCAUCGAGGACAGGCAGGACACAAUCGAGGUCCUCGUGAAAGGCAUCGUGUUCCACUACAGAGCAAUCUCCACAAGGUACACCCUGAACUUUGAGAAGGCAAAGCAGGCCUGCAUCCAGAACAGUGCUGUCAUUGCUACCCCCGAGCAGCUGCAGGCUGCCUACGAGGAUGGGUACGAGCAGUGUGACGCUGGCUGGCUGGCUGAUCAGACUGUCAGGUACCCCAUCCACUGGCCCCGGGAGCGCUGCUAUGGCGACAAGGAUGAAUUUCCAGGAGUGAGGACCUACGGUGUCCGUGAGCCAGAUGAAACCUAUGAUGUUUACUGCUAUGCAGAGCAAAUGCAAGGCAAAGUCUUCUACGCCACGGCCCCGGAGAAGUUCACGUUCCAAGAAGCUCUGGACAAGUGCCGCAGUCUGGGGGCGCGCCUGGCCACCACGGGAGAGCUGUACCUGGCCUGGAAGGACGGCAUGGACGUGUGCAGCGCCGGCUGGCUGGGCGACCGCAGCGUGCGCUACCCCAUCUCCAGGGCACGGCCCAACUGCGGGGGCAACCUGGUGGGCGUGAGGACGGUGUACCUGCACCCCAACCAGACGGGAUACCCGCACCCCGACUCGCGCUACGACGCCAUCUGCUACAGCGGGGACGACAUGGAGAGCCUGGUCCCAGGGCAGUUCAUCGACGAGACAGGGAGCGAGCUGGGCAGCGCUUUCACCGUGCAGACUGUCACCCAGACCGAGGUGGAGCUGCCUCUGUCGCGCAAUGCCACGGAGGAGGAGGCGCGCGGCAGCAUCGCCACCCUGGAGCCCGUCGAGGUCACCCCCACGGCCACCGGGCUGGACGAGGGCGUCACCGCCCCGCCAGACCUCUUCACCAGCGCUGCCACAGCACAGACAGCUGCCACAGAGGAGGAGAACGUCACCAGGGAGGAUGUCACAGCCGCGUGGACUGCACCUGAAGAGGCCACCACCAUAGAUUUAGGCACUGCCAGUACCACCGAUGCAGCAGAGGUGAGCUCGGUGGAGGAGGUCAUGGGCGUGACUGCCACGCCAGGACUGGAGUCUGCCUCAGCAUUCACAGUGGAAGAUCAGCUCGUGCGAGUGACAGCUGCCCCCGGUGCUGGUCACCUUCCUGAGCAGCCCAUCUCCCCCACAGGUGUGGUGUUUCACUACCGUGCAGCCUCCAGCAGAUACGCCUUCUCCUUCGUGCAAGCCCAGCAGGCCUGCCUGGAGAACAGCGCCGUCAUCGCCACCCCGCAGCAGCUCCAGGCUGCCUACGAGGCUGGCUUCGACCAGUGUGAUGCUGGCUGGCUGCGGGACCAGACAGUCAGGUACCCCAUCGUGAAUCCCCGAAAUAACUGCAUAGGAGACAAAGAGAACACUCCAGGCGUGCGGUCAUACGGCAUGCGCCCGGCCUCGGAGACCUACGACGUGUACUGCUACAUCGACAGGCUCAAGGGGGACGUGUUCUUCGCAACGCAGCCGGAGCAGUUCACCUUGGCGGAGGCGCAGCGGUACUGCGAGAGCCAGAACGCCACGCUGGCCUCUGUCGGGCAGCUGCACGCCGCCUGGAAGCAGGGCCUGGACCGGUGCUACGCGGGCUGGCUGGCGGACGGCAGCCUGCGGUACCCCAUCGUCAGCCCCCGCGCCGCCUGCGGCGGGGACGCGCCCGGCGUCAGGACCGUGUACCAGCACCACAACCAGACCGGCUUCCCCGACCCGCUGUCCCGGCACCACGCCUUCUGCUUCAGAGCUCUGACUCCUGUGGAGGAGGAGGGGGUGACCCCGUUUUUGGAAGAUGUGCUGGCAACACAAGUGAUCCCUGGAGUGGAGGGGGUGCCCUCUGGGGAGGAGGUGACCAUGGAGACAGAGUCUGCCACUCAGCCUGAGAAUCAGACAGCCUGGGGUACAGAGGUCUUUCCAACCGAUGUGUCGCUGCUCUCAGUGAGCCCAUCUGCUUUUCUCCCAGUUACCAUAGUACCAGAGGAAACAAGUACCAAUGCUUCUGUCAGCGAAGUGUCAGGGGAGGUGACUGCAUCUGGAGAGCAGCCAGUCAGUGGUGAAUCUUCAGCAUCCGGGUGGGUACCUGGAGUUCCAGAUACAAGUGGAGAACCAACUUCUGGAGUUUUUGAACUCAGUGGAGACCACUCAGGGACUGGAGAGAGUGGAUUACCGUCAGUAGACCUGCAUGCCAGUGGCUUCCCACCUGGAGAAAGUGGGCUGCCCUCUGGAGACCUGAGUGGUGUGUCUUCUGGCACUGUUGGCAUCAGUGGCCUGCCUUCUGCAGAGGGGGAGGUAUCGGUGUCUGUUUCAAGGAUACCAGAAAUCAGUGGGAUGCCACCUGAAGGGGAAAGCAGCGGGCUGCCUUUUGGGGCGAGCGGAGAAAUCUCUGGCGCCGAGCUCGUCAGCGGCGCGUCAUCCGGAGAGGAAAGUGGGCUCGCCUCUGCGUUUCCCACCGUGUCUCUUGUGGAUACCACGCUGGUGGAAGUUGUAACAGCCGUGACAGAACGGCGAGAGGAGGGGAAAGGGUCCAUCGGGGUCAGCGGGGAAGGAGAUCUGUCAGGGCUCCCCUCCUCUGGGUGGGACAGCAGCGGUGCAGAGCAAGGCUUGCCCUCGGGAGCUGAGCCCAGCGGGGAGCCCUCGGGAGAGCCUGCACUCAGUGGGCUGCCCUCAGGGCUGGAUGCCAGUGGAGAAACAUCUGGAACACACGAGAUCAGUGGCCUGGUGGACCUGAGUGGCCUUACCUCUGGAAUUGAUGGAAGCAGUGAGGCCUCUGGCGUUACCUUUGUAGACUCCACCUUGGAGGAAGUGACGACAAGCCUGCCGAUCACAGGAGCAGAAGCAAAAGAGACUUUGGAAACCAGUGGAUUGCCUUCAGGAGAUGCAGAUGGGUCAGGCAUGGUGUCUGGGAGUUUAGACUUCAGUGGUGAGCCCUCUGGGCAUGUAGACUUUGGUGGGAGUGUUUCUGGAGUGCUGGAGAUGAGCGGAUACCCGAGUGGAGUGACAGACAGCAGUGGAGACCUCUCUGGAACUGAUGUCACCAGUGGGCUGCUGUCUGGAGAGGAAAGUGGACUCACCUCUGGCUUUCCCACAGUGUCUCUUGUGGAUACCACUUUGGUGGAAGUUGUAACACAGAUAUCAGUGGCACAAGAAGUGGGAGAAGGACCAUCUGGGGUGAUAGAAAUCAGUGGAUUUACUUCUGGAGACAGAGGACUAUCUGGAGAAGGGUCUGGAGCUGUGGAGACUAGUGGGUUUCCUUCAGGGGCAGGAGACUUGAGUGAAGAGCCAUCUGGAAUCCCAUACAUCAGUGGAGACUUUUCUGGAGCCACAGAUAUAAGUGGACUGUCUUCAACAGCAACUGAUAUCAGUGGGGAGGCCUCAGGGCUUCCAGGAAUCACUUUAGUCACUUCUGAUUCAGUAGAAGUGGUGACAAGACCAACAGUAUCACAGGAACUCGGUGGGGAAACUGUCACAUUCCCCUACAGUUUGGGCUCAGGUGGUGAAUUCUCUGCAUCUGGUGAACUAAGUGGGGAAACAUCUGCACUGCCAGAAAGUGGUCUAGAAACAUCAACAGCUUAUGAAAUCAGUGGUGAAACAUCUGCAUUUCCUGAAACUGGUAUAGAAACAUCCACGAUGCAUGAAAUCAGUGGGGAGACAUCUGCAUUUCCUGAAUUUAGCACAGAAACAUCAACAAUUCAAGAAAUCAGUGGGGAAACCUCUGCAUUUCCUGAAAUCUUCACAGAAACAUCCACAAGUCAAGAAGUAAGUGGGGAAACCUCUGCAUUUCCUGAAAGUAGCACAGAAACAUCCACAAUACAAGAAAUCAGUGGGGAAACAUCUGGAUUUCCUGAUAUUAGAAUAGAAACAUCCACAAGUCAAGACAUCAGUGGGGAAACGUCUGCGUUUCCUGAAAUUAGAAUAGAAACAUUCACAAGCCAAGAGGCCAGGGGUGAAAUAUCUGGCUAUCCUGAAAUCAGCAUAGAAACUUCGACAGUCCACGAAACCAGUGGAGAAACAUCUGCCUUCCCUGAAAUCAGCAUAGAAACUUCAACAGUGCAUGAAAUUAGUGGAGAAAGUUCUGCAUUUCCUGAAAUUAGAAUAGAAACAUACACAAAUCAAGAAGCCAGGGGUGAAAUAUCUGCCUACCCCGAAAUUAGCAUAGAAACUUCAACAGUUCAUGAAACCAGUGGGGAAACUUCUGCAUUUCCUGAAAUCAGCAUAGAAACUUCCACAGUCCAUGAAAUCAGUGGGGAAAUGUCCUCCUUUCCUGAAAUUAGCAUACAGACUUCAACAAUCCAUGAAACCAGUGGUGAAGUAUCUGUGUUUCCUGAAAUCAGAAUAGAAACAUCCACAGGUGAAGAAGCACGAGGUGAAACAUCUGCAUUCCCUGAGAUUAGCAUAGAAACUUCUACAGUCCAUGAUAUCAGUGGGGAGACAUCUGCAUUCCCUGAGUUUAGCAUAGAAACACCAACAAGUCAAGAAGCCAGGAGUGAAACAUCUGCCUAUCCUGAAAUUUUCAUAGAAACAUCCACAGUUCAAGAAGUCAGUGGGGAAACUUCUGCAUUUCCUGAAAUUAGAAUAGGAACACCCACAAGUCAAGAAGCCCGAGGCGAGACCUUUCCUGAGAUCAGCAUAGAAGCAUCCACAGUCCAUGAAACCAGUGGGGAAGCAUCUGCAUUGCCUGCUGCCAACAUCAAAACAGCUGCCACAUCUUUAGCCAGUGGGGAGCCCUUUGGUGCUCCUGAGGAGAAGGAGAUUCCUGACACAACAUCUGGAGCUGUGACACACUCUAUCACAGGCAUUUCAGGGGAAACCUCUGUCCCAGACGUUGUAAUUAGUACCAGGACUCCAGAUGUUGAACCAACACAGGGACUCAGGAACCCUGAAGAGGCUCAGCUUGAAAUGGAGCCUUCCCCUCCUGUGGUGUCAGAACAAGAGACAGAGACAGCUGUUGCUCCAGACAAUCCCCAUCUGCUGGCCACCACCACUGCUGCCCUGCCCCAAGUCUCACAAGAAGCAAUUGACGCAUUAGGACCCACUACAGAAGACACCGAUGUGUGCCACGCAAGCCCCUGUGUGAAUGGAGCCACCUGCGCUGAUGGCAUCGACUCUUUCAAAUGCUUUUGCCUUCCCAGCUACGGAGGGGACCUGUGUGAGAUCGACUUGGAAAACUGUGAGGAGGGCUGGACCAAGUUCCAGGGCCACUGCUACAGGCACUUUGAAGAGAGGGAGACUUGGAUGGAUGCAGAGACCAGAUGCCGACAACAUCAAGCCCACCUGAGCAGUAUCAUCACCCCAGAGGAACAAGAAUUUGUGAACAGUCAUGCACAGGACUACCAGUGGAUCGGCCUCAGCGACAGAGCUGUGGAGAACGACUUCCGCUGGUCUGACGGGCACUCCCUGCAAUAUGAGAAUUGGAGGCCCAACCAACCCGAUAACUUCUUUUCGGCGGGCGAGGACUGCGUUGUGAUGAUCUGGCACGAGAAAGGCGAAUGGAACGACGUUCCCUGCAACUAUCACCUCCCCUUCACCUGCAAGAAAGGAACAGUGGCCUGCGGGGACCCCCCUGCGGUGGAGAACGCCAGGACCUUCGGUCGGCAGAAGGAGCGCUACGAAAUAAACUCCCUGGUGCGGUACCAGUGCGAGCAGGGCUACAUCCAGCGCCACGUGCCCACCAUCCGCUGCCAGCCCAACGGCCAGUGGGAGCAGCCACGGAUAUCCUGCCUAAACCCCUCCAGCUACCAGCGCAGGCUAUACAAGAGGAGCCCCAGGAGCCGGUCGAAACCCAGCGGCAGCGCCGUGCACAGACCCACCCAUUAGAGCGGGGCGAGAGACCCAGGGGAACGCGAGAAAGAGAGAUUUUUAACGGAACAGUUAUAUUAACAGAGGCGAUUUCUUCUUCUUGUUGCUUUUUUUUUUUUUUUUUUUUUUUUUUGUGUCAUAUAAGGAAAAAAAAUUAUAUUAAAGACAAACCCAUCUUUGUGUAUAUAUAUAAAAAAAAUAAUUGUUUUUCCAAGCACCAAAGCAAAACGAAUUAGAUCUCAGUAUUUUUACUAACCGUCCGGUUCCAAUUAUCUCCGUGCCUUUGGGGACAGGGAGGGGGGUGGGUUUGCAAAGGGCAGGGGGUUAAGUUAAAUAAUAAAGAUGAUUAUUUUUUCCUGAUUUUAUCCACGAACAAUGUAAUUAUUUCUGUUAUUUAAUCGCCAGGGUGAACAGCACCUUUUGGGGUUUUACUUUUUUUUUUUUUUCCAGAAUCCUUCUACUGCUGCAGCACGUCAGGACGGGUGGGGAGGGCCGGGGGGCUGUGGUGGAAAGAGCUGCGGGAGGAGGGAGGUGGAGGGAUGCUGAGAUCCGGGUGCUGGAGGCUGUGGCCCCUCUCUGCUUCCCCACUGCCCCCUCUGCAGCGCAGUGCCCGUCCCGGGACAACGUGCUCUUUCCAGGGGACCGUGCGGGGCACCAGCGUUCCCUGCACCUAUUUAUAUUUUGGAACAUAUCCUAUUUUGAAAGAAUGAUAAAUAAUAAAGAAAGCGAAAUCGGAAUGGGCACUUUGUCAGUGUUGGUUUCUUUAGGGAAGAGGGAUGUCUGGUGGGCUGGGAGGAGAGGGGUCUCCCACGGCAAGGCAAAAAGGAAGGAAGGGGAACCCAAAGAGGGUGCUCCAGGCUACACAGGAAUGGCUCAGCCCCAGGCAGCACCUAAGGGACCAUGGAGGUGGGAGGGGUGUCCCAAGCCCCACUGAAGAAGGACCCUGGAGUAGGAUAAUGUGCUCCCUGUUCAGUUCUCAGUUUGGGAGGGGGUUAACCCACAUGACUAAAACCCAUCUCAAACCCAUGGCCAGCAGGAACUGCUUCACCUUCCAGCUUUCAGCCCCGACACCCAGGGGGUCAAUUAACACUCACUAAUGAGGGAGCACAAGGCCCUUGCAGGAGCUGAGCUGAGCCAGCACUAAUGAGACGUGCUCAGCCAAGGAUGAGACAGCCAGGGAU